AUGAACAACUUUGCCGUGUUUUUGGCCUUUGCCUUGGCCACUGUCGCUGUUGCGGAGCCACCUUCUGGAUACAACUAUAACCGCCCAUCUUCCGGUGGCGGUCGCGGUGGAUACUCCGGAGGCGGCGGAUAUUCCGGAGGUGGCGGUUACUCCGGAGGUGGCGGCUACUCUGGUGGUGGUGGUGGUGGCUACUCCGGAGGCGGUGGUGGCUACUCCAGCGGAGGAUCUUCUGGUUACGUGAGCAGCUUCAGCAGUGCCGGAAGUUUCUCCAGCGGUGGUGGCUACUCUAGUGGUGGUAGUCUGCAAAAUGUUCCAGUCGGUGGUCAGACCUCCGAAGGUUUGAAUGUUGACCAGCAACUGUUGAAUGAAAUUCGACAGAUCCUGCUGCGUGAAGAGAGUCAGAGCUCAUCGAGCUCGGGAGGAUUUGGAGGUGGUGCUCCAAGUGGAUCGUAUGGUCCACCAAGUGGAUCCUACGGACCUCCAUCGUCAGUUUAUGGUGCUCCAGGCGGUGGCUCCUCCCGUGUCGUGGGAAUCGAUCUGGACGGUGUGAAGCAAGCCAUCCAGGUUGCACAGUAUCUUCAGACCUCAUCUUCGGGUUCAUCUGGAUAUGCUCCAUCAGGCUCGUACGGUGCUCCGUCCGCCCCAUCCGGAUCGUAUGGUGCUCCUUCUCGCCCAUCCAGCAGCUAUGGAGCUCCUUUCUAA